UAUCCCGGCGCCCGAGUGGGUAUAAAAGGCGUGUCCAGAGAACGCCCAACCAUCACAACUCAGCUUCACUCCUCUCGAGUAAGCAGACUCGUCUCAGCUCCAGCAGCUCCGCACCGCCCAAAGCCGACAUCAUGAGGACCAUGUUUGUUGCCGUUGCCCUUACCGCCCUCGUCGGCGUCUGCUACGCCGGAGUCGUCUCCUACGGCGGCUACGGAGGUGGCUACGGCGGCGGUGGCUACGGCGGCGGCUACGGCAAGUCCCUACCCGGACCUUCCUUCCUCAUCAAGAGCCUUCACCACGUGAGCAAGGUCAGCCACGGAGGACCCAUUCUCGACAACUACGACCUGGGCGUCCGGUACGGCGGCGGAUACGGCGGCGGUUACGGCGGCGGAUAUGGCGGAUACGGCGGCUAUGGAGGCUACGGAUACAAGGGCUAGACGAGUGAGCGGAGGAGUCAAGCUGCACACCGAUAGAAAGAGAGCAUGCGCAACCGUAUGUGAGGAAAUUCGAGAUCAACAACAACAGCUCCCCCCGAUUCCCCUUUACCCUCUCUCCCUUCAUGUACAGUCGCGGUAGCGGAAAAUAAGAAGGGUAGCUUCGGGGAUAUGUAGCGUGAGUGACAUCUACCAGGAUCGCGAGGACCGGUGGCCAGCUCGAAGCACGGCAGGUGUAGCGACGCACCACUAACGACGUCGGCAGUGGU